CACACACACACACAACUAUAGAAGAGGAGCUAAGUUCAUUGUAAGAGGACAAGUUGGGAGUAGCCUGGCACCCAGACAUUCACUAUAUAGAAGCAUAGUUAACUACCUUCCCAAUUAAACUGUCUUAGUAUUUCAAUUCAUAGCACCUGCAAAAUACACACAUCAAGACCAAGCAGAACAGGCAGAGACCUUAGACACAGGAGGACCUACUUUGACUGGCGCGCCGGUGGGUUCAGAAGCUCAGCUGCACCUGUGCUGGAGUCCUCCGCUCGUUUGCAAGAAUUUGGAGAUUUAUAACUUUCACGUCAGAAUUUAAAAUAUAAAUAAACAAAAUAAAACCGUUAAAUAGGCAAAUACCAGCCACUUGCCAACACAGUGCGAUCUGGAAUACGUGUCUAUAUUUGCAAAAACGAUGACAUGGUGGUACAUUUAAAUGCGUAGUGUCAACUUCGGAUUGUCAGUAGAUUCUGACGCUGUACUGUGGAUUAUACUUUACAAGGUGACAUAUCGGCACAGCCAGCUGAGGAACUAGAUCGGCAACGCUAUAACUAAAGUAACGCAGGCUUGUAGCAAAACGGACACGAAAGUCGGAGGGAGAGCACAUUGAACCAACAGUCUGAGACACUUCUGAACAUAAAAAAACAGUGAAGAAAGGAAACACAAAGGGUAAAGUGCAGUUAAUGCGCUGCUGUCGCCAAAGAGAACGUACCGGUAUACGUCGGCGCCUCAGCUUGGAUAUACAAAGGAGAGACUACAGGUGUACGCCACCGCAUCGCCUAUUCCAAAGGGUAUGCGGGAUCUGAGCUGAAGAUGGAACUUUUCUGGAUUUUAUUGUUUUCUGUCCUCUAUCCAUACGUCAAAGGUCAAGGCGUUUAUGCUCCAGCGAGUGGUCAGAUAGUGCACUCGGGCCAGGCGUGUGUGGUGAAGGAUGACAAUAUCAGUGAGCGAGUCUACACCAUUCGGGAGGGAGACAUGCUAGUGCUGCAGUGCCUGGUCAAGGGGCACCCCAGACCACAGGUACGCUGGACGAAGACGGCAGGCAGCGCCUCAGAUAAGUUCCAGGAGACAUCGAUCUUCAAUGAGACACUGCAGAUCCAGAACAUCCAGAGGAUACAGGGAGGCAGAUACUACUGUAAAGCUGAGAACAGGAUAGGGGUGCCUGCCAUCAAGUCCAUUCGAGUAGAUGUCCAGUAUCUGGACAUGCCAACCCUGACCGUUCACCAGACUAUUAGUGAUGUGCGCGGCAGCUACUACCAGGAGAAGACCGUCUUCCUGCGCUGCACCGUGAACUCCAACCCGCCAGCUCGGUUCAUCUGGAAACGAGGCUCUGAGGUCAUCACACACAAUCAGGAUAAUGGAGUGGACAUUUACGAGCCCCUCUACACACAGGGUGAGACAAAUGUUCUGAAGCUGAAAAACUUGCGGCCACAAGAUUUUGCCAACUACACAUGCCAGGUGUCUGUGCGAAAUGUGUGCAACAUCCCGGACAAGUCCAUCGCUUUCCAGCUCACCAAUGCCACCUCACCUCCUGCUCUCAGGCUCUCGGUGGAUGAGACACUGGUUGUGAACCCUGGUGACAAUGUUACCAUGUCCUGCCUGCUGACGGGUGGCAUUCCCCCACCUGUGAUCUCCUGGACGCACUACCCAGGGCCCAUGCCCACCACUGCCAGAGUCCAGGGGGGCACAGUGACCCUGCAGAAUGUCAAGGUCCAGGACACGGGCUACUACAACUGCACCGCUGUCAACAAUGUGGGCAACCCAGCCAAAAAGACUGUAAAUCUCAUUGUGAGAGCCAUGAGCAACAUUACCUUCCAGAUCACGCCCGACCCCAACAAAGACAGUGAGACCAUCCAGAUGGAGCAGGAUGUGAAGCUGUCCUGCCAUGUGGACGCGCAGCCUCAGGACAAGGUCACUUACACCUGGUACAAGAACGGCCUCCCAGUGCGCCCCUCCAAGACCCUGGUUAUCCUCCGCAAUGACCCUGAACUGGAGCCUGGCACCUGCAGUCUGGAGAUCUUCUACAUGCAGUUCCGAGACCAGGCCACCUACAGCUGUGUGGCCUCCUUUACAGGAACCCCCAUCCCAGAACUGAAGAUUGAGGUCAACCUCACACGGAAUGCUGUGUCCCCGCCUGUGUUGACAGUACCCAAGGGCCGAGCGAUGGUCACGGUGCGAGAGGGCUCACACGUGGAGCUGCAGUGCGAUGUUUCUGGGAAGCCUAGACCCCCUGUGCUGUGGUCUCGAGCUGACAAGGAGCAGCCCAUGCCCUCGGGGGACUGGCUGGUGGAGACUAGGGAUGGCAGGCUGCGAUUGGACAACUUGACGCGAGACAUGAGCGGCUCCUACCGCUGCCAGACUGCCAGGUUCAAUGGGCUCAACAUCAAACCCCGCCAUGCUCUGGUGCAACUCAAUGUGCAGUUCGCCCCCAUCGUGAACCCCCAGUUCCUGGAUGUGCGCACUCGGAUGGGGGACAGCGUGGUUCUGAGGUGUUCCAUGCAGAAAGCGAACCCCCAACGCAUCAACUCGUCGACAUGGAGCCUGAACGGACGCCUAAUCCGGUCCGCUCGCCCCGAGCUCCAGGACUACUCGGAGUGGAAGAUUGACAGCUUCAGCCAGCUGAGCAACGGCACGUACGAGUGCAGCAUCUCCAACGGCGUGGGCACAUCCAGAUGCGUCUUCUACGUGUCUGCCAAGGCAUACAACCCUGAGUUCUACUAUGACACCCCAGUCCCGAUAAAGAAGGUCAACCAAACCUACUCCUACACCCUGCAGUGGACCCAGAGAGAGCCCGAAGCAGUGGACGUCAUCAUCAUGUACAAACUGGAGGUCAGACAGCUGAACCUCCAGAGCUACAUGUCGAAGCAGAUCCAGGUGGGGACCCCUCAGAAGGGGGUGCUUCUACAGGACACCCUCACUGACCUGAAGAUCCCGCUGAGCUAUGAGGUGCGGCUCACCCCCAUCACAAACUUCGGACCUGGGGACACAGCCAUGAGAAUCAUCCAGUACAUUGAGCCCUAUAGCUACCCAGGACCAUCAGACCAGAUGUGCAGCUUUGAGGUGGAGAAGAUCUGUGGCUUUACUCAGGACAAGAAGGAUGACUUUGAUUGGACGUGGCAGAAUGCCAAUACCCAGAAUCCCAAGCGCUCACCCAACACAGGACCCAUCAAAGACCGCAGUGGAACCAGGGAAGGGUACUACAUGUACAUCGAAGCCUCUCGGCCCCGGGUUCUAGGCGACAAAGCCUGCUUAGUAAGCCCGCUGUACAAUGUGACGACCAAGGCAAAGGGCCCUCACAAGACCCCCUUCUGCAUCUCCUUCUACUACCACAUGUAUGGCAAGCACAUUGGCUCUCUCAACGUGCUGGUAAGGGUGAAGAGUAUCGGGGUUCUCGACACGCAGGUCUGGACUCUGUCUGGAAACCAGGGACCCAACUGGCAGCAGGCCAACGUUACCAUCAAUCCCCGGGGGCCCUUCCAGGUUGUAUUUGAGGGUGUUCGGGGCAGUAGCUAUGAAGGGGACAUUGCAAUCGAUGACAUCUAUGUGGUGAGAGGCAAAUGCCCAAUAUACAGAGAAACAACGUCUGAAGCGGUGUCCGUGAAGGGAUCCUCAGCAGCUCUCUCCUUGACAACCUACACUGUGCUGCUCGCGCUGCUCAUGCUACUCAUCUCAACAGCCCUGUUCCAUAGAUGAUGACGACUAAAGAUGACUACCUACCUACUUGCCUGCCAGUGGACUACUACUGCUCCUGCUCUCUCUCGCUCGCUCUCUCUCUCUCUCUCUCUCUUUCUCUCUCUCACUCUCUCUCUCUCUCAUCUCUCCCACUUUCUUUUACCCUUUUUUAACUAUCAACUCAAAAUAAUUAAAUACCGAACCCAUCCUGUCCUUCAUUCUGCAUCUUUUUCUCAUCCCCACUAUAUCAUACCCAGUCUCACUCUUUCAGCAUUUUCUCCCUCCACUUUCAGUAUUUUAUCCCUCUUUUGUCCAUCCUUCCUUUCUUCCUCAUCCCAUUACACCACUUUGUAUUCAUCUCCCUUGUUGUACCUUUGCUCCCCCAUUUGAAUGUUUUCAUCCUCUCCCUCUCUGUUCUUCUCUCCCUCCCUCCAUCCCAAGGACACCAAAGUGUCGAAAAAUCUACCAAAGACUUUAAGCAGCGUGAACCUGUAAAGGGAGCUGCACCAGGCGGUGGACUAGGACUGGGAAAUGAUUUAAAAAACAAACUAAGUAAGGGACCCCCUUUGUGUUGCUAAAGUAAGAUCUUUCCAGGAUUUGCACUUCUGUUCGAGGUGACGGAUAAAUCAAUGGAUUUUUUUUCUAUCUUUAUAAAAGAAUGCAAAACAAAAGAAGCACAAGUUUGUACAGAUUUUUUCCUUUUUUUCUUUUUUUCUUGAUGAACUACUUAUGUUUCUUCUUCUUCGUUACAGCAAAAGAACUCUCUUUCUGUAUCUUAUUUUAUUAACUGGACGAGAAGAUAGCGAGAACUGUUUGCUUGAUUCCGCUACUGCUCAAGUACCGUGCUGCACUGUCUUGAGGCUGUAGGCUGCACCAGUGCUGUGACUCUCCCUGUGUACGGAGACUACGCAUUGCUUACAUCCAUGUAUCCCAUGUACUAUGUUAUGGCUCUGCAUGUGCUCCAUUGUACUCAUAUAUUGUAUCCCAGCGCAUAAAACUGAGUGUCCGUCAGGGGCAGUGACUGCUUUGCUCUACAACGCGACUCUCCUCUCUAUAGCUGAAGCUGUGUCUGCACCAGUGCCCAAAGAAACACACUCGAUGAGCGCUGUGCCCCCACAGGGUCACCAGUCAAUCCUGAUCAUUUUUCAGUAUGUUAUGUAUUUUUGAUGUGAAUCAGAUCUCGCUAUCUGAUUCAUAUUGCUGUGAAUUAGUGAAGUACCCUUGUACAGGAAUAUAUAUAUGAUUUCUAGAUACAAUACAAUACCACACAACAGUGAUUUAUAAAGCGCCUUCUGUAAAACACGUAAAAGUGCCGAACAUAUAAUAAAUAAACUUAAAUGCCUUGUCAAACAAAUAGGUUUUUAAUCUAGAUUUAAAAAUUGUCAAUGAUGUUAAGUCCCUGAUAUGUUUCAGCAGAGAAUUCCAUAAAUGGGGAGCAUGGUACCUGAAUGCCCUACCUACCACAGUUUUGAGCUAAACCAUCGGGAUGGUCAAUAACUCUGCAGUAAAAGAGUGUAGCGAAUGGGCUGGGAUGUAUUCAGAGAUGUCUGAAAAGUAGCUAAUAUUACUGUCAACAUGGCCUAAUAAUGAAUUAACCAAAUGCAUGAAGAAUCGAGGGAGCGCUGUGCUAUAGUUUACAUUUCUGCUAAUUUGGUACCCAGGUGCUUGAAUAUGGUUGCAGUUCUAAAAAAAAUGAAAAAAAAUGGACUGCCCUCUAUUCUCAACAGGACUCCUACAUCUCUUAGGAAUGCUGAUCUUCAGGGCAGCCCAAAUCAAGGCAACCUAAGUCCAGCAGUCUCAUUCUCUACAGGGCAUUGCAUAAGUAUUCACCCCCCUUGGACUUUUCCACAUUUUGUAGUGUUACAACCUGGAAUUAAAAUAGCUUUAAUUAGGAUUUUUUGUCACUGAUCUACAUAAAAUAGUCCAUAAUGUCGAAGUGGGGAAAAAAAUCUACAUAUUUUUCAAAAUUAUUUACAAAUAAAAAACUGAAAAGUCUUGAUUGCAUAAGUAUUCACCCCUUUGCUGUGACACCCCUAAAUAAGCUCUGGUGCAACCAAUUGCCUUCAGAAGUCACAUAAUUAGUUGAAUGGAGUCCACCUGUGUGCAAUUAAAGUGUCACAUGAUCUGAGAUUAAAUACACCUGUUUCUGGAAGGCCCCAGAGUUUGUUAGAGAGCAUAUCUAAACAAACAGCAUCAUGAAGACCAAACAAGUAUCAAAACAAGUCCGGGAUAUAGUUCUGGAGAACCACCAAUCAGGGUUGGGUUAUAAAAAAUAUCCCUAACUUUGAACAUCCCCGGGAGCACCGUUAAAUCCAUUAUUAAAAAAUUGAAAGAAUAUGGCACAACCGCGGCUGUGCCUAGAGAAGGCCGUCCACCAAAACUCAGUGACCAGGUAAGGAGGGCAUUAGUCAGAGAAGCAACCAAGAGGCCAAUGGUAACUCUGAAGGAGCUGGAGAGAUCCACAGCUGAGAUGGGAGAAACCGUCCAUGGGAUAACUAUAACCCGGACGCUCCACAAAGCUGGGCUUUAUGGAAGAGUGGCGAGAAGAAAGCCAUUGAUGAAAAAAGCCCAUAUCAAAUCCCGUUUGGAUUUUGCCAAAAAGCAUAUGGGAGACACAGCAAACAUGUGAAAAAAGGUUCUCUGGUCUGAUGAGACCAAAAUUGAACUUUUUGGCCUUAGCGCAAAACACUAUGUGUGGCGCAAAGCCAACACUGCUCAUCACCCUGAGAACACCAUCCCCACGAUGAAGCAUGGUGGUGGCAGCAAUAUGUUAUGGGAAUGCUUUUCAUCGACAGGGACUGGGAAACUGGUCAGGAUUGAGGGCAAGAUGGAUGGAGCCAAAUACAGGGAAAUUCUAGAGGAAAACCUGUUUCAGUCUGCAAGAGACCUGGGACUGGGGCGGAGGUUCACCUUCCAGCAGGACAAUGACCCUAAACACACAGCCAAAGCUAUACUGGAGUGGUUUAAAAACAAGAACCUGAAUGUCUUAGAAUUGCCCAGUCAAAGCCCGGACCUCAAUCCGAUUGAGAAUCUGUGGCAAAACUUGAAAAUUGUUUUUCACCGACGGUCCCCAUCCAACUUGACAGAGCUUGAGCAAUUUUGCCAAGAAGAAUGGGCAGAAAUUGCAGGAUCCAGAUGUGCAAAGCUGGUAGAAACUUACCCAAAAGACUCACAGCUGUAAUUGCUGCCAAAGGUGCUUCUACCAAGUAUUGACUCAGGGAGGUGAAUACUUAUGCAACCAACAAAUGUCCUUUUUUUUUGUUUAAUUAACUUUUGUGUCACAAUAAAAAAUAUUUUGCACCUUCAAAGUGUUAAGUAUGUUGUGUAAAUCAAAUGGUAAAAAUUCCAUACUUAUGCAAGGCACUGUAUUUAAACAGCAUAGUACCUUCAUUCCUAGCUAAAUGCUCUCACAAAGGAACCAUGCCCACCCCAGCCCAUGUUAACACUGCACACAGAGCACAGUAACCCUGGGCAGUGGAAACACUAGGGCAGAGCAGUCACUCCUGAGGUGUGCCAGAUGUGAUAUAGAAUAUAGUGGACU